ACCAGUAUCUUACGUCAAUUGACAUUGGUGACGGCACGCAUCACUGCGCCAGUGCUACUUAGUUUGUUCUACUAGCUUGCGGCGUUGCUCACUAUUGGAAGGUUCUAACCAUUCAGGAAAAAAAAGAAAACGUGGGUGUGUCUUUAGCUGCAAUUGGAUUUUCUUCCUUCUCCGGACCGGUGCGUUAGUACCACAGUGCUCCAUAAACCGUUGCAAAAGGAAGUGAUCGGUCAGACUUUUAUCCCUUAACCAUUGCUUACGGAUUACCUUCGUGACUUGGCGGAAAGUACCUUCAGUUGAUUCAAAAUGCCGAACCUAUUACAAGACGGAACAUAUGAAAGAAAAAUCCAAUCAGGCUACCACGGCGAAGAAUUCCAAAAACAAGUUGCAGUCGCCUUUUUUCUACGGAUGCGGAGAGACAGUUUCAAUGUAAGAUUGGCAUAUGAAGUGUCACAAGCCGACAAGUACGAUGACGUAGUGAUCAUUGACGAUGAACGUGAGGUUUUACACUUCAUCCAGGUGAAGCACGCCGUUACCAAAGGUGGCAAGGUAAAUGUUAUCGAUUUGAAUGCACUGUUUCCGACCGUGGAAAAAGAUCAACACAACGGAGACUUCAGUAUUUACAAGUACCUGGAAUCCUAUUUGAAAGUUGUUGAAAACUUUAAGAAAGACCAAUACAAAAAGCAGUUCUAUAUAUUUACUAAUAAGGAUUUAAACAUCUCCGAUGUUGAUUGGGUGAGAACUGUUGUGGUAGAAGUAGAUGAAAUCCUACGAUUUCCUGGAUCCAAGGCCCGACACCUGAAACUGGAUCCAACCGAAAAAGCUAUUAAGGAGUUGAGCAAUUUUAUCAACAAAGAUUUCGAAAACCUUAAAAAGGCAAUCAAAGAGCUUUUCAACAAUGGAACCGUCAGUAACAUUUUAGAAACCUAUAGUACUCCUCUGAAAGACGUUUUAACAAUAAAAAAGAAGCAAUGCAGUUUUUUAGAUAGCUUCAACUCGGAAAGCGAACAAUUCAAUGUUGCCAAGUUGUUUAAAGUUCUGGAAAAAGAUAAGUUUGAUAUGAAGAAGACAAUAACAGUGAAUAACUUUUUACUAAGAAACUCAAGGGUGAAACAUUUGCCACGUUAUUUUAGUGAGGAGGAAAUUGUGGCAUUCUUCAACGACUUUUCUCUAUUGGUGAGUCAACCAAAUGAUUUGUAUCCAAUUAUUGAACGCGAGCUGUGGACGUGGUGUAAAUCGUGGAUCUGUCCAGAAAUUCUCAGAAAAUUGAGUGAAAUCGAUGUGAUAUUUAGAGAUCUGAUAUUAAAAUUUGACCAACUCAAUAAACCCAAAAACAAUAAAAUGAAAGCAAUGUUGAAAAAAAGUGAUGUACUAAACUGUCUUAGUGAAAUUCAAAAUGAUAACGAUAAACUUGAAGGUAAGGAAGCAAAACAAUUGCAAAAAUAUUACAUCAAUCGCCGUAUUAUAUACAAAUAUAGUAAACCGACCAAUGACGAAAAUGUCAUUGAAGUUGAGAAAACAGGUAUGGAAGAGGCGAAGAUGAACCAGCGUCUGGCUGAAAAUCUCCUUAAUAAAGACAACCAACCAGGUAUGGAAGGCAAAAUUGAAGAACUUUCACGACAGAUGAGUGACACUCAGUUUGUUGAAGAGCUUGGGGAAACAUUUAAAGACCAUCAGAUCAUCGUACUUCUGGCAGACCCCGGAAUGGGGAAGACUAGCUUGCUUCAGUUUGUAGCCUUUGAAGUGCAGAAGCAAAAUGUCGUUAAUGUCCUGUUAGUGUAUUUAAGCGAGUUGGUGAUGGAACUCGAAAAAGUAAAACACAUUUCAGAGUUGAAGGUGCUUAAUGUGCUCAAAGUGAUCCUUUCAGAGCGAAAUUGCGAUCUCAUUGAAAAUUCCCCACAUGAAAGGGAUGACAGAGGCUAUUCAAUUCUUAUAGUGAUGGAUGGCUUCGACGAGAUCCACUCCAAGUACACCGACAAGGUGAUUGAGAUGCUGGAACAACUCAAGUUGAAAAAGAGCAUUCGAAUCAUCAUCAGCGCCAGAAAACAUAUGCAAGUAUUAUUAGAGAGUAAAUUUAAUGUAAGAUCUAUGUUUCUGGAGCCGUUCAUUGUGGAAGACCAAAUCAACUAUUUCAGAAAGAUGUGGCACGAACCAGAUCUAGAUGAACAUUGCUUUGAAAGCUACUCGACACAUAUUUUAAACACAUUUAAAUCAAAUAUCCCUUCAAAUUUAGGCGAAAUUUGUGGUGCGCCACUCAUGGUAAAAAUGCUGGCGGAGGUUUAUUUAGAAAAAUUUAGAAAUUACCAUUCAUCGAAGAAUACAAAUCAGCUCGUGGUUCUGACUGAAGAAAAAAUGAAUAUUGCACAGCUAUACGAACAGUUUAUAAGAAGAUGUUUUCACAAGAAAUUUAUGGAAAAAUUUAAGCCCAAAUUUGCUCUGAGCGACGCAGAAUUGGAUUGGUUGAUGGGUGAUUUUAUUUUGAAGCAUCAGUUGUUAGCUAUGGAACUGCUAAAUAUUGAAGUACGUAUGGACUUAUUAAAAAAUCAAUAUUAUAAAGUAAUACACGAUCAAUUUAAAAUACGAUGCGAACAGGAAUCAGAUUCAUCACAACUGGUUCAUGUAGUCCAGCAGAAGGUUGAUUUUUGCCAUCGGUCUUACAGUGAAUACUUUGUGGCAAAAUAUCUAUGCGACAACAUUUUUACGUUGUCAGGAAAAAUUGUCAGACGCAUUUGGUCUAGAUAUACUGUUGUUCGAAGAUUGUCUAUGACCAAGAUGGAAGGAAACCAGGCAUAUCUCAAUAUCUUAAAUAGUUUGUGUAAAAAAAACUGGAAGAUUGCACUGUGGGCAUGUGAGUGUGACUGUUUGAGUAUCAUUUCCUCUUUAGAAGGACAUUUUAAAUCAUUCUCAACAAGCAACCUAACGGAUAUGAUACUGGUUGCUAAGGAAAGUGGGUUUGUUGAAAUAUAUAAAUUAUUAUCAAAGGAUAAAGCUGACGUGAAUGCAGCGGAUGAAAAACAAUUUAAAAUGCCGAACCUAUUACAAGACGGAACAUAUGAAAGAAAAAUCCAAUCAGGCUACCACGGCGAAGUAUAUCAAAAACAAGUUGCAGUCACCUUUUUUCUACGGAUGCGGAAGGACAGUUUCAAAGUCAGAUUGGCAUAUGAAAUGUCAAAAGCCGACAAGUAUGAUGACGUAGUGAUCAUUGACGAUGGACGUGAGGUGUCACACUUCAUCCAGGUGAAGCACGCCGUUACCAAAGAUGGCAAGGUAAAUGAUAUCGAUUUAAAUGCGCUAUUUCCGACCGUGGAAAAAGAUCAAUACAACGGAGACUUCAGUAUUUACAAGUACCUGGAAUCCUAUUUGAAAGUUGUUGAAAACUUUAAGAAAGACCAAUACAAAAAGCAGUUCUAUAUAUUUACUAAUAAGGAUUUAAACAUCUCCGAUGUUGAUUGGGUGAGGACUGUUGAGGUAGAAGUAGAUGAAAUCUUACGAUUUCCUGGAUCCAAGGCCCGACACCUGAAACUGGAUCCAACCGAAAAAGCUAUUGAAGAGUUGAGCAAUUUUAUCAACAAAGAUUUCGAAAACCUUAAAAAGGCAAUCAAAGAGCUUUUCAACAAUGGAACCGUCAGUAACAUUUUAGAAACCUAUAGUACUCCUCUGAAAGACGUUUUAACAAUAAAAAAGAAGCAAUGCAGUUUUUUAGAUAGCUUCAACUCGGAAAGCGAACAAUUCAAUGUUGCCAAGUUGUUUAAAGUUCUGGAAAAAGAUAAGCUUGAUAUGAAGAAGACAAUAACAGUGAAUAACUUUUUACUAAGAAACUCAAGGGUGAAACAUUUGCCACGUUAUUUUAGUGAGGAGGAAAUUGUGGCAUUCUUCAACGACUUUUCUCUAUUGGUGAGUCAACCAAAUGAUUUGUAUCCAAUUAUUGAAAGCGAGCUGUGGACGUGGUGUAAAUCGUGGAUCUGUCCAGAAAUUCUCAGAAAAUUGAGAGAAAUCGAUCUGAUAUUUAGAGAUCUGAUAUUAAAAUUUGACCAACUCAAUAAACCUAAAAAGAAUAAAAUGAAGGCAAUGUUGAAGAAAAGUGAUGUACUAAACUGUCUUAGUGAAAUUCAAAAUGAUAACGAUAAACUUGAAGGUAAGGAAGCAAAACAAUUGCAAAAAUAUUACAUCAAUCGCCGUAUUAUAUACAAAUAUAGUAAACCGACCAAUGACGAAAAUGUCAUUGAAGUUGAGAAAACAGGUAUGGAAGAGGCCGAGAUGAACCAGCGUCUGGCUGAAAAUCUCCUUAAUAAAGACAACCAACCAGGUAUGGAAGACAACAUUGAAGAACUUUCACGACAGAUGAGUGACACUCAGUUUGUUGAAGAGCUUGGGGAAACAUUUGAAGACCAUCAGAUCAUCGUACUCCUGGCAGACCCCGGAAUGGGGAAGACUAGCUUGCUUCAGUUUGUAGCAUUUGAAGUGCAGAAGCAAAAUGUCGUUAAUGUCCUGUUAGUGUAUUUAAGCGAGUUGGUGAUGGAACUCGAAAAAGUAAAACUCAUUUCAGAGUUGAAGGUGCUUAAUGUGCUCAAAGUGAUCCUUUCAGAGCGACAUUGCGAUCUCAUUGAAAAUGCCCCACAUGAAAGGGAUGACAGAGGCUAUUCAAUUCUUAUAGUGAUGGAUGGCUUCGACGAGAUCCACUCCAAGUACACCGACAAGGUGAUUGAGAUGCUGGAACAACUCAAGUUGAAAAAGAGCAUUCGAAUCAUCAUCAGCGCCAGAAAACAUAUGCAAGUAUUAUUAGAGAGUAAAUUUAAUGUAAGAUCUAUGUUUCUGGAGCCGUUCAUUGUGGAAGACCAAAUCAACUAUUUCAGAAAGAUGUGGCACGAACCAGAUCUAGAUGAACAUUGCUUUGAAAGCUACUCGACACAUAUUUUAAACACAUUUAAAUCAAAUAUCCCUUCAAAUUUAGGCGAAAUUUGUGGUGCGCCACUCAUGGUAAAAAUGCUGGCCGAGGUUUAUUUAGAAAAAUUUAGAAAUUACCAUUCAUUGAAGAAACAGAAUACAAAUCAGCUCAUUGAUCUGACUAAAGAAAAAAUGAAUAUUGCACAGCUUUACGAACAGUUUAUAAGAAGAUGUUUUCACAAGAAAUUUAUGGAAAAAUUUAAGCCCAAAUUUGAUCUGAGCGACGCUGAAUUGGAUUGGUUGAUGGGUGAUUUUAUUUUGAAGCAUCAGUUGUUAGCUAUGGAGCUGCUAAACAUUGAAGUACGAAGGGAAUUGUUUAAAAAUCAAUAUUAUAGAGACAUACACGAUCAAUUUAAAAACCGAUGCGAACAGGAAUCAGAUUCAUCACAACUGGUUCAUGUAGUCCAGCAGAAGGUUGAUUUUUGCCAUCGGUCUUACAGUGAAUACUUUGUGGCAAAAUAUCUAUGCGACAACAUUUUUACAUUGUCAGGAGAAAUUGUCGUACACAUUUUGUCCACAUAUAUUGUUGUUCGAAGAUUUUCUAUGACCAAGAUGGAAGGAAACCAGGUAUAUCUCAAGAGUUUGAAUAGUCUGUGUAAAAUAAGCUGGGAGAUUGCACUGUGGGCAUGUGAGUGUGACUGUUUGAGUAUCAUUUCCUCUUUAGAAGGACAUUUUAAAUCAUUCUCGACAAACAACCUAACGGAUAUGAUACUGGUUGCUGCUAAACGUGGGUUUGUUGAAAUCUGUGAAUUCUUAUUAAAGAAUAAAGCUGACGUGAAUGCAGCGGAUGAAAAAAAAAUAACUGCUCUUUAUUAUGCAGCUCAAAAUGGACACGAUCAGUUGAUCCAACUGUUGAUUGACAAAGGAUCCACUGUUAACACUUAUUCAACUACCGGUAGAACUCCACUUCAUGCCGCAGCAUGGAAUGGUCAUAAGAAUAUUGCAGUGCUCUUGAUAUCAAACAAUGCUGACGUGAAUGCAGUGGAUGAAAAUCAAUGGACUCCUUUGAAUUUAGCUGCUCAUAAUGGACACGACCAGUUGAUCCAACUGUUGAUUGAUAAAGGAUCCACUAUUCACAUUUGUUCAACGACCGGUGUAACUCCACUUCAUAGCGCAGCACGGAAUGGUCAUAAGAACGUUGUAGAACUCUUGAUAUCAAACAAUGCUGACGUGAAUGCAGUGGAUGAAAAUCAAUGGACUCCUUUGAAUUUAGCUGCUCAAAAUGGACACGAUCAGUUAAUCCAACUGUUGAUUGAUAAAGGAUCCACUAUUCACAUUUGUUCAAUUGACGGUGUAACUCCACUUCAUAGCGCAGCACGGAAUGGUCAUAAGAACGUUGCAGAACUCUUGAUAUCAAACAGUGUUGACGUGAAUGCAGUGGAUAAAAAUCAAUGGACUGCUAUUCAUUAUUCAGCUCAAAAUGGACACGAUCAGUUGAUCCAACUGUUGAUUGACAAAGGAUCCACUGUUAACACCUGUUCAACGACCGGUUUAACUCCACUUCAUAGCGCAGCACGGAAUGGUCAUAAGAACGUUGCAGAACUCUUGAUAUCAAACAAUGCUGACGUGAAUGCAGUGGAUGAAAAACAAUGGACUGCUAUUCAUUAUUCAGCUCGAAAUGGACACGAUCAGUUGAUCCAACUGUUGAUUGACAAAGGAUCCACUGUUAACACUUGUUCAACUACCGGUAGAACUCCACUUCAUACCGCAGCACGGAAUGGUCAUAAGAACGUUGCAGAACUCUUGAUAUCAAACAAUGCUGACGUAAAUGCAGUCGAUGAAAAACAAUGGACUGCUAUUCAUUUUGCAGCUCAAAAUGGACACGAUCAGUUGAUCCAACUGUUGAUUGACCAAGGAUCAACUGUUAACACUUGUUCAACUACCGGUGUAACUCCACUUCAUACCGCAGCACGGAAUGGUCAUAAGAACGUUGCAGAACUCUUGAUAUCAAACAAUUUAGACGUGAAUGCAGUGGAAGAAGAUCAAUGGACUGCUAUUCAUUUUGCAGCUCAAAAUGGACACGAUCAGUUGAUCCAACUGUUGAUUGAUAAAGGAUCCACUGUUAACACUUGUUCAACUACCGGUGUAACUCCACUUCAUACCGCAGUAUUCAAUGGUCAUAAAAACGUUGCAGAAAUCUUGAUAUCAAACAAUGCUGACGUGAAUGCAGCGGAUGAAAAACAAAUGAAUGCUAUUCAUUAUGCAGCUGACAAUGGACACGAUCACUUGAUCCAACUGUUGAUUGACAGAGGAUCCACUGUUAACACUUGUUCAACUACCGGUGUAACUCCACUUCAUACCGCAGCAUUCAAUGGUCAUAAAAACGUUGCAGAAAUCUUGAUAUCAAACAAUGUUGACGUGAAUGCAGUGAAUGAAAAACAAUGGACUGCUAUUCAUUCUGCAGCUAAAAAUGGACACGAUCAGUUGAUCCAACUGUUGAUUGACCAAGGAUCCACUGUUAACACUUGUUCAAAUACCGGUGUAACUCCACUUCAUACCGCAGCAUCAAAUGGUCAUAAGAACGUUGCAGAAAUCUUGAUAUCAAACAAUGCUGACGUGAAUGCAGUGGAUGGAAAACAAUGGACUGCUAUUCAUUAUGCAGCUGACAAUGGACACGAUCACUUGAUCCAACUGUUGAUUGACAGAGGAUCCACUGUUAACACUUGUUCAACUAUCGGUAGAACUCCACUUCAUACCGCAGCAUUCAAUGGUCAUAAGAACGUUACAGAAAUCUUGAUAUCAAACAAUGCUGACGUGAAUGCAGUGGAAGAAGAUCAAUGGACUGCUAUUCAUUUUGCAGCUCAAAAUGGACACGAUCAGUUGAUCCAACUGUUGAUUGAUAAAGGAUCCACUGUUAACACUUGUUCAACUACCGGUGUAACUCCACUUCAUACCGCAGUAUUCAAUGGUCAUAAAAACGUUGCAGAAAUCUUGAUAUCAAACAAUGUUGACGUGAAUGCAGUGAAUGAAAAACAAUGGACUGCUAUUCAUUUUGCAGCUAAAAAUGGACACGAUCAGUUGAUCCAACUGUUGAUUGACCAAGGAUCCACUGUUAACACUUGUUCAAAUACCGGUGUAACUCCACUUCAUACCGCAGCAUCAAAUGGUCAUAAGAACGUUGCAGAAAUCUUGAUAUCAAACAAUGCUGACGUGAAUGCAGCGGAUGAAAAACAAAGGAAUGCUAUUCAUUAUGCAGCUGACAAUGGACACGAUCACUUGAUCCAACUGUUGAUUGACAGAGGAUCCACUGUUAACACUUGUUCAACUACCGGUGUAACUCCACUUCAUACCGCAGCAUUCAAUGGUCAUAAAAACGUUGCAGAAAUCUUGAUAUCAAACAAUGUUGACGUGAAUGCAGCGGAUGAAAAACAAAGGAAUGCUAUUCAUUUUGCAGCUAAAAAUGGACACGAUCAGUUGAUCCAACUGUUGAUUGACCAAGGAUCCACUGUUAACACUUGUUCAAAUACCGGUGUAACUCCACUUCAUACCGCAGCAUCAAAUGGUCAUAAGAACGUUGCAGAAAUCUUGAUAUCAAACAAUGCUGACGUGAAUGCAGUGGAUGGAAAACAAUGGACUGCUAUUCAUUAUGCAGCUGACAAUGGACACGAUCACUUGAUCCAACUGUUGAUUGACAGAGGAUCCACUGUUAACACUUGUUCAACUAGCGGUAGAACUCCACUUCAUACCGCAGCAUUCAAUGGUCAUAAGAACGUUACAGAAAUCUUGAUAUCAAACAAUGUUGACGUGAAUGCAGUGAAUGAAAAACAAUGGACUGCUAUUCAUUUUGCAGCUAAAAAUGGACACGAUCAGUUGAUCCAACUGUUGAUUGACCAAGGAUCCACUGUUAACACUUGUUCAACUACCGGCAGAACUGCACUUCAUACCGCAGCAUUCAAUGGUCAUAAGAGCGUUGCAGAACUCUUGAUAUCAAACAAUGCUGACGUGAAUGCAGUGGAUAACGAUCAAUGGACUGCUAUUCAUUAUGCAGCUCAAAAUGGACACGAUCAGUUGAUCCAACUGUUGAUUGACAAAGGAUCCACUGUUAACACUUGUUCAACUACCGGUAGAACUCCACUUCAUACCGCAGCAUCAAAUGGUCAUAAGAGCGUUGCAGAACUCUUGAUAUCAAACAAUGCUGACGUGAAUGCAGUGGAUAACGAUCAAUGGGCUGCUUUUCAUUAUGCAGCUCAAAAUGGACACGAUCAGUUGAUCCAACUGUUGAUUGACAAAGGAUCCACUGUUAACACUUGUUCAACUACCGGCAGAACUGCACUUCAUACCGCAGCAUCAAAUGGUCAUAAGAACGUUGCAGAAAUCUUGAUAUCAAACAAUGCUGACGUGAAUGCAGUGGAUAAAAAUCGAUGGACUGCUAUUCAUUUUGCAGCUCAAAAUGGACACGAUCAGUUGAUCCAACUGUUGAUUGACAGAGGAUCCACUGUUAACAGUUGUUCAAUUACCGGUUUAACUCCACUUCAUAGCGCAGCACGGAAUGGUCAUAAGAACGUUGCAGAACUCUUGAUAUCAAACAAUGCUGACGUGAAUGCAGUGGAUAAAAAUCGAUGGACUGCUAUUCAUUAUGCAGAUCAAAAUGGACACGACCAGUUGAUCCAACUGUUGAUUGACAGAGGAUCCACUAUUAACAUUUGAUCAACUACCGGUAGAACUCCACUUCAUAACGCAGCAUUCAAUGGUCUAAAGAACGUUGCAGAACUCUUGAUAUCAAACAAUGCUGACGUGAAUGCAGUGGAUGAAAAACAAUGGACUGCUAUUCAUUAUGCAGCUGAAAAUGGACACGAUCAGUUGAUCCGACUGUUGAUCCAUAAAGUAGCCACUGUUAACAUUUGUUCAAUUACUGGUUUAAGUCCACUUCAUAUCGCAGCGCGGAAUGGUCAUAAGAACAUUGCAGAACUCUUGAUAUCAAACAAUGCUGAUGUGAAUGCAGUGGAUGAAAAACAAAGGACUGCUCUUUCCUAUGCAGCUCAAAAUGGACACGAUCACUUGAUCCAACUGUUGAUUGUCAAUGAUGACAUGGUUAACAUUUGAUCAAUUACCGGUAGAACUCCGCUUCAUAGCGCAGAAUGGCAUGGUCAUAAAAAUGUUUCAUAUGUAGCUCUUGAUAGGUAAU